AUGACAUCAAAAACAUCAGGAGCCCUAGAAGACAUGGCAUAUAAACCAAGCGAUAAACAUGGACCCUCAAAUUUCACUAUCAAGUGUAAAGGCCAUUCAUUUCUCGUCCACAGGGAUGUCGUUGCUCCGCAGUCUAGACCAUUUGGUGCAGCGAUGGACACUGGAAAAUUCUUGAAAGGGACAAGAAGAGAAAUGAUACUGAGCGACGAAAAUGACGACCCAGAAAUAGUGGGAUUAAUGGUCGAAUUUCUCUACACCGGAGGGUAUACUAUUUCUUUUCCGUCUAAUACCUCGUCCUCUUCACGCUCCUCAUCAGACGAAGCGAUUAGAUGCAUUCGCCACGUAGCACUGCACAUCUUCUCUGGUCUCUGGGACAUCCCCUCGUUACAAGUCCUCACUCUCUCGAACCUUCAAACCGCUCUUUCAUAUCUUCCUUUAUCACAUUUCGCAUCGGUAUUGCGAUACAUCUAUGAAGAAACACCGGGACUAUACACGCAUGUUAGACAGAUAGCUGUGAAAGGUUUGAUGGAAAGGUUCACAGUUGGGGACAUUAUGAAGGUUAAAGAGUUGAGAGAGCUGUUGAGUGCGAAAGGAGAAUUUGCAGUGGAUUUGCUAAUUUGGGGGGAGGAGAGGAGAGUCAAGAGGGAUAGGAGAGUGGGCAGAGAUUGGGAGCAGAGUGCGGUUAGGGGAAGAAGAGUGUGUGAGGAGAGCAUGGAGAAGAAGGGGGAUAUCUUGGGGGACGUCGCAGGAUGGGCUGAUAAUACUGGUGCGAGAUUCUGAGAGGGGUUUGUGAAUGGUGUUUUGUGGGAUAGUUGAUAGGGAGGGGAGUGAGGGGUUGUUUUGGAUGGGUCUAGAUUGGAGGGGCGAGAUGUAAACGAUGACGAAUAACGAUGAUGUCUAGCAAUUAAAACCCAAAUGAGAUCUUGCCUGAA